CUCUUCUUCGCAUUCAGGGCAAGCCCAUCAAGCAACGAAAAGAUAGAAAAAAGGACACGCCUGUCAGACGUCCAUCGACACCCACCCUACCAGCACGCCCGAAGACAGUGAACCAGCAGGGUCGAGAUCAUCAAGAAGAAAACAACUCUCUAUACAGUAGCCGCGCGAGGGCAACCACCGCCAUCCUUGCGGACAGAGCGAGAGGACCAGAAAAAGUAUUCACUCUUGGGCAUCGAGGAUAUGCAAUCAUCAACCAGGGUGGAUUCGAUGGCUCUUUUGGGAACCAAAGCGAGAGACAAACACUAUAGAAAUGAUUCUCCUGCAAAAGAU